GGGUCCUGUCUCAUAAGCCGGUGCGGAAGUGAUCGCAUCGGCAUGAAGAAGGGCUCGCUGGAAGGUCAGGUUUUAAAUAAUUACUGUUCAGUACAAUUAAGCCAUUUGUUUAGCCCUAAAAGUUUGACUUAACUUGCUUUAAAACCUGGGGUGUGUCAUGCGCUAGAGAUAUUUCCUGGUGCGGAAAGCGAACGGUCGUCGAUUGCGCAACUACAAAUUACGUGUUUAUUUUGAACACUUGGGCGCAACUUAAUUCCUCAUGGCCGGGUCAAAAUGCGUCCGACUCAGCGGCGAGCUGGCGAAACAACUGCUGGCCUCUGUGGACAGCGUCCUGUUUGACUGCGACGGGGUCAUCUGGAGGGGGGACCAGGCCAUCACCGGUGCCCCGCGAGUCAUCGAGCUGCUCAAGCAACACGGCAAGAAAGUCUUUUUCGUAACAAACAACAGCACCAAGACAAGAAAGAUGUACGUGGAUAAAAUGUCCACGCUGGGCUUUAACGCGAGCGAGGACGAGGUGUUUGGGACCGCGUACUGCUCCGCCAUCUACCUGAAGACCGUGUGCAAGCUGCAAGGUAAAGUGUACCUCAUCGGCAGCAACGCUAUGAAACAGGAGCUGGAGGCGGUCGGCAUCCAGCAAACCGGACUGGGACCGGACCAUGUGUUCGGCAAGCAGACCGACUGGGCCAACGUGCCUCUGGAACCCGACGUGAAGGCGGUGCUGGUCGGGUUUGAUGAGCAUUUCAGCUACAUGAAGCUGAACAGAGCCUUGCAGUACCUCACCCGAAUGGACUGUUUGUUCGUGGGCACCAAUAGAGACACCAGGCUGCCUCUGGAGGGGGGCACAGCAGUCCCAGGUACGGGCUGCCUACUGCAGGCGGUUGAGACCGCAGCCCAGCGCCAGGCCGCCACAGUGGGCAAACCCAGCCGCUUCAUGUUUGACUGCGUGGCCUCCGAGUUCCACGUGGAGCCCGGCCGCUGCCUGAUGGUGGGCGAUCGCCUGGACACGGACAUCAUGCUGGGUUCCAACUGCGGCCUCAAGACGCUUCUCACCCUCACCGGCGUCAGCACGGUGGCCGAGGCUGAGGCCAAUCAGAAGAGCGGCUGCUCGGAGAGGCAGGGAAUGGUGCCUGAUUAUUACGUGGAGAGCAUUGCGGACUUGCUCCCGGCCCUGCAGGGAUGAAGGACUCUUGGGAUCGCCAUCAUCUUCCAGUUGUCUCGGUUCUAUUCAUGAUUUAUCAUCUUUAUGACACAACUACCGUCAGCUUUUUAAGAUUUUAUACAGGAUUGUCCAUUUCAAGGUGCUACUUGACCUGCUGAAAGAAAAAGAAAAAAUCAAAUUAGUUUAAUGCUAACUGGUUUAGCAUGAGCCAGAAGACACAGUAACUUUUAAAUGGUUCUCAAAAUGUAAUUUGAUUCUGAAUUCUACAAGAAGCCAAAUUCAGUGAGAGUACCACACAGUAUAACAUUCUGAGAUAAUUGUGUACUUAAACCCUUUCAGGGACAGCGGUUACUAAAGUGGGCAGUUUAUAACAUGGGUGUCUAACUCAUUUUUGUCGCUUUUGAUUGAUAUUGAUAGAUAAUUAGUUUUAAAAUCACAAGUCAAGAAUAAUGAUUAUUGUGGAUUACGUAUGAUAAUUUGAAGUUUUGGUGCAGACUUUAGCAAGCAUCAUGGAACUUGACGUGCUUGAUUUGCUUUCGCAGGCCACAUAAAAUGAUGUAGCGGGCCAGAUCUGGCCCCCCGGGCCUUGACUUUGACACCUGUGGCUUAUAAUGUUACCAGGUUAGUCCAUGAAAGGGUUAAUUGCGCCUUUGCUUUGGCAACUAACUGCAAUGUAAGGAAGGAAGUGAGCUGUAAAGUGGAACGGAGUCAUGUUUGCAAGCGUGGGGGGGGGGGGGGCGUUUAAUGGCAAGUAGCAAAAAUGUAAAUUACAUGUUUUGCAAAUAACCAUGAUCUAGAUAAAUAUUUUUUAAAAAGCACUUUGAUAUAGUUUCUUGAUCUUGUGACAGUGUGUUAAAAAUGACUUGGGCACUUUGGCUAUCGGGCUAAUGAUUUUUUUUUCUUUUAUGCGGGCCUCUUGAUGUUCACGCAAAUACGCAACGCUGAUCCUGAUUAAAACAAAAAUCUUAACGUCAA